CUGAUAAAUACGACCAUAGGCUGGGAGGAAUGGGCAAUCUCUUCUGUCUACCGUACAGUGACAAUUGAAUACCCCCACAUUCUCCUAGGUCCUGAGAACUGAGCCCAACUACUCAACUGAUCAUUGACGCUGUCUCGGACUUCUGGAGCCGGCAGGCUGCUGUUUGUUGUUUGGUAGCGAGAGAAAGAUUAGCCCACAUCGCUGCAAGUAGUGUGUCGUGAGACGUCAUGCUUUUCGAGCCACCUGAUUUUAAAGCUUCGUGCUCUCCUAAACUCUUUCCCUUUUACAUGUAUGUCACUUUCCAAAUUCCACUUCGACUUUCCAUAUUAUGACUUCGAACAUGGCCAAUUCGAACAUGACCACCUCGAACAUGGCGCAUCAAUCCGAGGAUUUGCCGGGGUUUAGAACUUGGUUUCCGAUCAUGAUGGGCUUGUUUGGCCUCAUAAUGUUCGGAGGUUUCGGUGUCAUGAUUUAUUUCGAAAGAAGGAAAACUAAGCGACGCCGACUCAAAAACCUGCGAGAGGGCAAAUGGGUCCGCAAAUCACUCGAAGGAUGGUUUUCUGACCCGGAGACUACCAUGGCAAGACUCACCUCCCGACAGCCUGGUCAUGAACGGACCCUCGAUGCAAAUAAAAUUUCAGAUUUCUACGCAACUACCCAGGACUUCCUGGUGGAAUUCUUUGCCUUGGCAAAAGAACAGAAAGAUGAGGAAUGCAUUUACAUGGAGAUGGGAACACCUUGGUGCAGGCAAUUACGACAUAUUCUAUAUCUUCGAAAGCAAGCAUUAGCAAAGGUAUCAGAAGAAAUAAGUAAUAUGCCGAUGAGGGGGGAGAGAUUUAUGGCGGUGAGAGACUUGUACUGGGAACAUAAAUACCUGCAAAACCAUAUCAAGGACUUCUGGUCCAAUGGUUGGCCUGAUCACCCCUUGGAGUACCCUACGGAGGAAAAGUAUGGAUCAUUUUGGGUCGACGCCGAAAGUGAGUUGGAGGAUUUAUCAAGGAAAUCUAUUGAGCGUGUGUUUGAAGCAGCUUCGAAAGAUUGGGCGGAGAGGAGCGCUCGGAGAGGCAAGAGAUUCUGGAAGUUUACAAGUCUUCUGGGCUACAGUGUUGGCUAUUUCAAAGUAGGUCGAGCAAUAGAGGCUCAAAGCAGAGAGUUGGACGAUUGAAGCUGGUUUCCUUCCGCUGGUGAGGACUUAGCCACAAAAGUUACCAUUCAUUUGAGUAUGUUCAGCUUCGAUUGGAAAGCGUAUGUUGCGUUACUUCAACUUCUUCAAGGUGUGCAUACAAUAAUAUUCACAAUAAAAGAAAUCCCAAACC